GGCCCCGGGCGCGCCCCUCCCCGCCGCCCCGCCCGCGACCCCGCUCCGAGGGGCCGUCCUCCGAGGGGCCGGCCGGACGGAGGCGGGAGGCGGGCGGCGAGGGGCGGCCUCGGCGCUGGCCCGUCCGCCGCGGCGCCUUUCGGUCUCCGUUUCCUUUGUCUGCUGCCCGCUCGCCGCCGUGGGGGGUUCGUGAACCGAAGUGCAGCCGCAAGAUGGCUGAUGGCAACGACGACCCGCGGGCGGACGACUCGCCGGGGCCGGCCCACGAGAGCUGCGAGGCCGCGGAGCUCGCCGGCCCCGCCGAGCGCAGCGGCCACGUCGCCGUGGGCGACGGGCGCCACAUGUUCGUCUGGGGCGGCUACAAGACUAACCAAGUCAGAGGAUUAUAUGACUUUUAUCUGCCUAGAGAAGAACUAUGGAUCUACAACAUGGAGACUGGAAGAUGGAAAAAAAUGAACGCUGAAGGUGAUGUUCCUCCUUCCAUGUCGGGAAGCUGUGCUGUGUGUGUAGACAGGGCGCUGUACUUGUUUGGAGGACACCAUUCGCGAGGCAACACGAAUAAGUUCUACAUGCUGGAUUUAAGGUCUACAGAGAGAGUGUUACAGUGGGAAAGAAUUGAUUGCCAAGGAAUUCCUCCAUCGUCAAAGGAUAAACUUGGUGUCUGGGUAUAUAAAAACAGGUUAAUAUUUUUUGGAGGGUAUGGAUAUUUACCUGAAGAUAAAGUAUUGGGAACUUUUGAAUUUGAUGAAACAUCUUUUUGGAAUUCAAGUCACCCAAGAGGAUGGAAUGAUCAUGUACAUAUUUUAGACACUGAAACAUUUAUCUGGAGUCAGCCUAUAACUACUGGCAAAGCACCUUCACCUCGCGCCGCCCAUGCCUGUGCAGCAGUUGGGAAUAAGGGCUUUGUGUUUGGAGGCAGAUACCGGGAUGCUAGAAUGAAUGAUCUUCACUAUCUUAAUCUGGAUACAUGGGAGUGGAAUGAAUUAAUUCCACAAGGCAUGUGUCCAGUUGGCCGAUCUUGGCACUCACUGACACCAGUUUCUUCAGAUCAUCUCUUUCUCUUUGGAGGAUUUACCACUGAUAAACAGCCACUAAGUGAUGCCUGGACUUACUGUAUCAGUAAAAAUGAAUGGCUACAGUUUAAUCACCCCUACACUGACAAACCAAGAUUAUGGCAUACAGCUUGUGCCAGUGAUGAAGGAGAAGUAAUUGUUUUUGGUGGGUGUGCCAACAACCUUCUUGUCCAUCACAGAGCUGCACACAGUAAUGAAGUACUCAUAUUUUCAGUUCAACCAAAAUCUCUUGUAAGGCUAAGCUUAGAAGCAGUCAUUUGCUUUAAAGAAAUGUUAGCCAACUCGUGGAACUGCCUUCCAAAACACUUACUUCACAGUGUUCAUCAGAGGUUUGGUAGUAACAACACUUCUGGGUCUUAGGUUUCAUAGAUCAUGCCUCUGAACACCUUGCAUGGACAGCAAUUCUGUGAACAUCAGAGUGGCAUCAUUUGUAUAGUUAUAUGCAUUGUGUAGUUUUGCAGCUUUUUGGUUUUAAUGUGCAUGUGAAUGGCCUAAAGAACCUAUUUUUGUGUCUAAAGUUUACAAUAAAUGUAUUUAACACCGGUAAAAA